CCUGCGAACCCCGGCGGCGGAUCGGGAGCCGUGUCCCUGCUCGUCAGGCUGCCGCCUCGUCUUUCCCGGAGCUGCGCAGGGCUUGCGUAGCGGCGCUGCGGGCCCGCAGGCUCGUCUUCCAAACACCGGUACCACGCCUGUGGCAAAAAGAGUGAGAACACCAUGAUUACCAUUGGCAUAACAGGAAAAGCAUCACCUGGGAACUUGAAGUUUUCUAAAAGAAAAAGAUGGAAGAAUCUGUAAACCAAAUGCAGCCUCUGAAUGAGAAGCAAAUAGUGAACUCUGAAGGUGGAUAUGUAUGGCAAGUCACUGACAUGAACCGGCUACACCGGUUCUUAUGCUUUGGUUCCGAAGGUGGCACUUAUUAUAUCAAGGAACAGAAGCUGGGCCUAGAAAAUGCAGAAGCUUUAAUUAGAUUGAUUGAAGAUGGCAGAGGACAUGAAGUGAUCCAGGAAAUAAAGUCGUUCAGUCAGGAAGGCAGAGCUGCCAAGCAAGAGCCUUUGCUCUUUGCGCUUGCAGUUUGUUCUCAGUGUUCCGAUGUAAAAACCAAACAGGCAGCAUUUAAAGCUGUUUCGGAAGUUUGCCGUAUCCCCACACAUCUCUUUACUUUCAUUCAGUUUAAGAAGGAUCUGAAAGAAAGUAUGAAAUGCGGUAUGUGGGGUCGUGCUCUCCGGAAGGCAGUUGCGGACUGGUAUAAUGAAAAGGGUGGAAUGGCCGUUGCUCUGGCAGUGACAAAAUAUAAACAGCGAAAUGGCUGGUCUCACAAAGAUCUUUUAAGACUGUCACAUCUUAAACCUUCCAGUGAAGGACUUGCUAUUGUGACUAAGUAUAUUACAAAGGGCUGGAAAGAAGUCCAUGAACUAUAUAAAGAAAAAGCACUUUCUGUGGAGACUGAAAAAUUAUUAAAGUACCUGGAGGCUGUAGAGAAAGUAAAGCGCACAAAAGAUGAGCUGGAAGUCAUUCAUCUAAUAGAAGAACAUAGAUUAGUCAGGGAGCAUCUGCUAACAAAUCACCUACAGUCCAAAGAGGUAUGGAAGGCUUUGUUACAAGAAAUGCCUCUUACUGCAUUACUAAGGAAUCUAGGAAAGAUGACUGCUAAUUCAGUACUUGAACCAGGAAAUUCUGAAGUAUCUUUAGUAUGUGAAAAACUUUGCAAUGAAAAAUUAUUAAAAAAGGCUCGUGUACAUCCAUUUCAUAUUUUAAUUGCAUUAGAAACUUACAAAACAGGUCACGGACUCAGAGGUAAACUGAAGUGGAAUCCUGAUGAAGAAAUUUUAAAAGCGUUGGAUGCUGCUUUUUAUAAAACAUUUAAGACAGUGGAGCCAACUGGAAAGCGUUUCCUGCUAGCUGUUGAUGUCAGUGCUUCUAUGAACCAGAGAGUUCUGGGUAGCAUACUCCAUGCUAGUACAGUUGCUGCAGCAAUGAGCAUGGUGGUCACACGAACAGAAAAAGAUUCUUCUGUAGUUGCUUUUUCAGAUGAAAUGGUGCCAUUCCCUGUGACUGCAGAGAUGACCUUACAGCAGGUUUUAAUGGCUAUGAAUCAAAUCCCAGCAGGUGGAACUGAUUGCUCUCUUCCAAUGAUCUGGGCUCAGAAGACAAAUACAGCUGCUGAUGUCUUCAUUGUAUUCACCGACAAUGAGACCUUUGCUGGAAAUGUCCAUCCUGCUGUUGCUCUGAGGGAAUAUCGAAAGAAACUGGAUAUUCCAGCUAAAUUGCUUGUCUGUGGGAUGACGUCAAAUGGUUUCACCGUGGCAGACCCAGAUGAUAGGGGCAUGUUGGAUAUGUGUGGCUUUGAUACUGGAGCUUUGGAUGUAAUUCGCAAUUUCACACUAGAUGUGAUUUAACAUACGUACAGCAUGAUCUGAGAGUCCACUGCUACUAGGAGACCUCACUAGUCAUACACCCCAACUUCCAAGCUCAUCGCAGGCCAGUGAGACGGUGAUCAGUGUGUGCACAAUGAAAACAUACAUUUCCAAGAAAAUAAAGGAAGGAAGGAAGGAAAGAAAGAAGAAAAAAUGUGCUGAGCUGGAAAUCAUAUGUACUAAGCUAGCUUACCUUCAAGAUACUGUAACUGCCUCUAUCUGAUAGAGAACUUCUUGUUAAUAGACACUAUAAAAUAAUCACAUUGCACUCUGGUGAACAAUACAUUUGUACUUAAAAGAGGUGAGAUCCAAAAGUGAGUAAUCCCACAUCAUGCCACUUGUUUGAAGAAGUGCUUACUGUUUUUUUAACUGUUUUCAUUGGAAAAGGACAGCUUUGAUAUCUCCAAAUACUCUGAAAUGCACUAGACCAAGUAACUGUGAUAGAAGAUGAAACUCAUGUGGUAAACUUUUAUACCAAGGUAGUGAAAAAACAGACAGACAUUUGAUUAAAUUUUGCAAUUCCUUUCAGAGUUUUCUAAGAUCAUAUAAAUAACAGCUUUCUUAUUCAAUGAAAAAGAUAUUUUAUUUCAUGUGCUUCAUUUGUAGUUGUGGAAUUUGUUACCCUUUGACCAAAACAUCAUGGAAAUCUAAAAGAAACUGUUAAGUUUGUAUUUACUGAGAAAUCUGAUUUGUUUUCUUUCAUUGUGUUUUGUUGCCAUGAGUAGGGAAUAACUUGACAGUGAUGUCCUCUGAAUAACAAAUAUACCAUCAUGUAAUCACUAUUUUCAUACUCAGAAAUGAAAAUAAAAUAUUUCAUAGAUUUAAGCCCCCCAUUCAUAAUCUUGAAAGCAUAACAAUUAAAAUGUCAUAACUAGUUUUUCCAUGCUCUUAAAAUAAGAAUUCUGCUAAUUACUUGUAACUUUUUUUUUAUAUCUUUUUUAAUUAUGAAUGUGUCAGUAGCCUCCUACAUCUUUGUCCAUUAUUCGUUUUGUGGGAAACCAUUUCUUUUCCUUUUCUUUUGGUUUUUGAGGUAGGAUCUCAGUUCUAUUCCAGACUGACCUGAAAUUCACUUUGUAGUCAGGCUGGCCUCUUAACUCAUAGUGAUCCUCGUACCUCUGCCUCCCAAGUGUUGGGAUUAAAUGCAUGCACCGCCAUGCCCAGCCCAUUCUUUUUCAUAGGGCAAAGAAGUAAUAAAGCAAGAUAUAUCCUGCAGGUUUAAAGGAAUUUUAGAGUAGCUUACUAACCAGUGUGUAGGAAAUAUUUUAAAAUAUUUUCGGUGUAUUAAACUUCCUCUUCAUUAUACUAAUAUACAUUAUUUUUUUGAACAAUUAUCCUGUCUUCCAUUGGGAGGGUUAGCAUGGAAGCAGUCUAUUGAAACACUCUUACCUUUUUCUCAUAAUUUUAUGAUGCUAUCUAAGGUAGUUAUGUAUAAAAUAAUUUUUAUGCACUGUAAUUGAGUUUUAGUGAGUGCUUGUAAAUCCAUUCUCACUGUUACAUGUAAAACCAAGUACUAGAAAUUUAAGUUACAACCUUGUGCUUGGGGAGUUAGAGGUUUUAUAUUUGGGGGGAAAGACAGGCUUUGGUAGUGUAAGGAUUUGUGUACAUAGUUUCCUCUGUUUUUUGGAAAAUAUAGGCUCUGGGAAUAAGAAAAUAUUCCUUUCAGGUGUAUUUGACAUGUUGAUGCUGCUUUGAUUUAUAGCCAUUCCUUCAAGGCAACUGGUAACAUUUUUAAAUGUUAUUUACCUAAGAUACUUUUGGCCAGUAAACUACUAGCAUUUCCCACUCUAAUUAUGCAUUACUUCAGUGUUACUCUGAUUUUAACCCUUGGUCGAGUGUUGAAUUGAGCAUCUUAGCUGCAGUAGAUACACCAAAAUUUCAUGGUUGAAUUGAAUUUAAAGUUAAAGAACCUAAAUAUUAUAUGGGAGCUACUGAAUUCUCUAAACCCAGGAUCUUCUGAAAAUAAAGAUUGUAACAUGAGCUAACAUUUUAUUACGUAUGGAAAUGUUAAAUAGAAUAUAACAUAAAAGUUUACUUCUUUCAGUUGUAUACUAUUUUGAUAGUGCUUUUAGAAAAACAAUAUUUCAAAGAGCUAAUAUUCAAUCUGUCAUGUGGGAAUCAGAUUAAAGAUGACCUUUUCUGAAGGCAUUAGGUAAAUCUAAUAAGAUAGAGUUUAAGAAGGAGGGAAAGGCCACCACAUUAAGUUGAUUUUCUCUUCAAAUCACUGAGCUGCCGAGCUAAAGGAAGCCCUAGAUACCCAAGGUCCAAGACAGUGUGAUUCUGGAGCACUAUGGCCUAUGGAAUGUUAAUCUCUUUGCUUAUAUUCCAAUGUCUACUUUCUUAGUACAUGAGGACACUGACUCAGAAGAGGUAAAGUAGACAGACUCCUGGAAGCCGUUUACCUUAGUUAGAUAAUAGGAAAUAAUGUUUGUACACAUGAUUGCUUUAGGAGACUAUAGCCUUUAUGAUUUUGUAGUUCAUAAUACUUCUCAGCACAGUUACAUUUUCAUAGCCCAUGUUACUGUAUUAUAAUACGGCCCUAUGGGGGAAAAAAAUACAGACUUUACCUCAUUAGUAGAGUGCACCCAAGUGGUAAACAAGUUUUUGAAACUGUUUUUAUGGUUACUGUUAAUAUUUAGGAAAAUUUGUUGUUAAAAACAAUGCUAAGGAAAAUAAACUAUAUUUCCUAGAUAAUAAGUAAAUCCAGGGUUUAUAUUUAAUUAAGAAAACAUUAAUGCUACAAUCUCACCCUUUAUAGUUGAUAAUUUCUGAGAAAUUACAUUUAUUAAAAGUUUAUAACUAACUGUUUUAUGAGAAUGUUAGGCAAUAUGCUAGUGAGUGGAAUUUAGUCCUACCCUUUGGAACUUCUGUAGCUUUACUUAAUGUGCUGUAAUAUUGAAGAUAACCAAUUUAACUUUCAUGAUUCAAUGUUGGUGUCUUGAAUAGACAGUUUAAUAUUUACAAAUAAUUAAACUUAGGAAACAGGACUUGUAAUACAAAACAAAACCUUUUUAAUUAAAAUUAUUUUGGUUAAUAAAAUAUGAGACUAGUUUAA